AUGUCAGACCCAACAUCACCCUCCGCCUCCGCCCACCUCGAAGAGACCUUAGGCCGGCUCUCCAAGAAGCCCGGUGUAAAGGGUGCCAUCGUCCUCGACCGCGCAUCCGGCGCCAUCCUCAAAACCAGCGGUCAAAUCUCCUCUAUUCGCAAGGCCAAGCCCCAACCACAGCAACCAGAGCAGUCCGAACAGCAACCGAUCACGGACCAGCAAGGCCCAUUGUCACCUUCAUUCGCUCCUGGCACCGUUACUGACACGACUACUACCGAUACGGCGGCAGCUCCCGGUACGGCGGUGACUACGACGGGAGAGGAGGCAGUUGCUGCACCGGCAACGGCGUCUACGGGUACGGGCACGGAUGGGGAGGUACCUGGGGCUGGGGCAGGUGCGGCAGGCAGCACGGGCACAGGGAGUGCAAACAGCGGCGGCAGCAGUGCAGCAGUGAGCGCCUAUGAUCAGAACGUGGUAGAGCUCGCGGCAAUGGUGUGGAGUUUUGUGUCGAAUGCGGGCGAGUUUGUGCAGGAGCUGGAUGGGGAGGACGAACUCAAACUCCUACGAUUACGGACGAAAAAGCAGGAACUGGUAAUCGUACCAGAUGCGAAAUACCUGCUUGUCGUCUUUCACGAUACCCCUCCGGCAUGA